AUAUUAUUAUUAUUAUUAAUCUAAUGUGCUGCACAUACCUCCCUAUGAAAACAAAAUGGUCGAAUCUAAAUACGACUGUUACUGGAGUAGAAAACUAUGCACGUGGUUGCAGAAGGUUCGAAUUGACAGGAAGCGUUGCUAGGACAUUUUAAAGCUAAGUAUUGGUGCAAAAGUGGGAGUUGGAUUUUUUAAUUUAUUGUUUAUUUAUCUGGCAUAAAUCUAUCUGAAUUAUGGAGUUUGAAGAACUUGGGAUCCGUGAAGAGUGCGGAGUGUUUGGCUGUGUUGCUGCGGGAGAGUGGCCAACUCAGCUGGAGGUUGCACAAGUAAUAACUCUGGGGUUGGUAGCUUUGCAGCACAGAGGUCAGGAAAGUGCUGGAAUUGUUACAAGCAAUGGAGCCUUCCCGCCAAUUUAUACAACACACAAGGGAAUGGGUCUGGUGAACAAUGCGUUUCAACCAGAGGAUUUGGAAAAGCUUCGGGAUGGAAAUCUGGGGAUUUCACACACCAGAUACUCUACCACUGGGAUGUCUGAACUCCAGAACUGUCAGCCUUUUGUUGUGGAAACUCUCCAUGGAAAGAUUGCUGUCGCCCAUAACGGAGAGCUUGUUAAUGCUCAAAAAUUGCGCAGAAAGGUAAUGCGACAUGGAGUAGGGCUGUCGACCAGCUCGGACAGUGAACUUAUUACUCAGUUACUGGCCUUGACGCCCCCAUUUGAGGAAGUGGAUGCUCCUGAUUGGGUUGCACGAAUAAAGAAUUUGAUGACUGAAACUCCUACUUCAUAUUCUUUACUUGUAAUGCACAAAGAUGUAAUCUAUGCCAUCCGUGACCCUUAUGGAAAUCGUCCUCUCAGCAUUGGUCGUCUUGUUCCGAUUUCCAAGCUGCACAGCUCAGGAACACAGGAUGUUGAUGCGCAUACAGAGGGAUGGGUUGUUUCUUCUGAAUCCUGCAGUUUUCAGUCCAUUGGGGCCAGGUAUUACCGGGAAGUUCUGCCAGGAGAGAUUGUACAGAUUUCAAAACAUGGGAUUCAAACCUUAAGCAUUAUGCCCAGGCCAGAAGGAGACCUUCCAGCCUUUUGUAUUUUUGAAUAUGUUUAUUUUGCAAGACCAGACUCGAUAUUUGAAGGUCAGAUGGUGUAUUCUGUAAGGCAGCGCUGUGGACGGCAGCUUGCCCUUGAAGCCCCGGUAGAUGCAGAUGUGGUCAGCACGGUUCCUGAAUCUGCCACUCCAGCCGCACUGGGCUAUGCUCAACAGUCUGGGCUGCCGUACGUGGAAGUACUUUGCAAAAACCGCUAUGUGGGAAGAACAUUUAUUCAACCCAACACACACCUUAGGCAGCUUGGAGUGGCCAAAAAGUUUGGAGCUUUAACUGAUAACUUUGCAGGAAAAAGGGUUGUGCUCAUUGACGACUCCAUAGUAAGGGGAAAUACAAUCUCUCCCAUCAUCAAGUUACUGAAAGAAGCCGGUGCUAAAGAGGUGCACAUCCGUGUGGCGUCCCCGCCCAUUAGAUUCCCCUGUUACAUGGGGAUCAAUAUUCCAACCAAAGAGGAGCUCAUCGCCAACAGACCUGAAUUUGAGGACAUUGCUGGCUACAUAGGAGCAACCAGUGUGGUUUAUCUCUCUGUUGACGGGCUGGUAUCAGCUGUGCAAAGUGGUAUCAGAUCUCGAGAAGAGAAAGACAUGAUGAUAGGUGGCAACGACUCUGGGAACAAGAAAGCCAACCAGAAAUUUGGCCACUGUACGGCAUGCCUUACUGGAAAAUAUCCUGUGGAGCUGGAGUGGUGAAUAGACGUUUGAAGACGACAUGAAUACUACAACCAAUUAGGACUUCUAGACAUUUAAAAAGGCAAUACGGAUUCCCUUGUCUUCUAAUGGUUACUUGAAAGAGAUGUAUUCAGGACAAAGCAUCACAAUACAGCUUUCUGUUUUAAUUGUUGCAGUCGUGGGGAUCCAGUAAUAAUUAAACUAAACUACAAUAACUCCCUGUGCCAUUAUUGUGCAUUUUCAACAUCACCAAAUAAUGACUGAUAUGUCCAUCUUUGACCAGUCUGCAGCUACAACUGUUGAGAGCUACUGUGUGUUGAGUUAUGCAAAAUAACCUCUUCAUCAGCUUUUUACAAGCGUGGAUCUGAAAAUUGGCAGUUUGUAAGUCACAGUUACACCACAUCACUAGUUUUCCUCUUGUCUGUCCAUUCUGGGAACAGUGGGUUCUUUUACAUACUAGAAGAAAACAGAGUACCUGUUUGUAACUGCUUAUUGAAACAUAGUUGCAUAGCUAGUCUGUACCAAAUCCUUUGUUUCCUGUAACAACGACUCCAGAAAACAAACUGCAUAUUCUCAUAUACUGUUUUUAGUAAGGGCAUAUUUUAACUGCACCAAAACAUUAAUAAGUGAACAUAACCGUACUGUCCCGCUGUGUGUGUAAAAUUACACAAGAAAUGUUAUGAAAUGAAAUAAUGAUAAAAAUAAUAAUGAAUGUAUCAAUAUUGGUUCUUGAAUACAUUAAAAAUGAAAUGGUUAAGCCUUUGUUUAGUAAACGACUUUUGUAUCGGAUUUUUUACUGCUCUUUUUGUAAUUCCUAGUAGCAAAAGCUGCUGUCACAUUAUUAAAUGCACAUUAUUUACCA